GUGGAUAAGAUAUAAAAAAGAUUGAAUGGAAUAGAACCAAUUUAACUCCAAAAUUCCCAACCGUUGCGUCAGCAGAACAGAGAGGCAAUGGCGUCCGUAGCACAGUUUCAGUUCAAUGCGGGUCUUUCUUCUGCCGCAUUCUUUGGCCAACGCCUCCCCAUUUGCUCUCCACACCUGGCUAAUUCCUAUAAGAAACCAUGCUUGAUCACCAUGCAGAUUAAGCCAUGGGAAAGGACAAAAGUCAAACCAAACAGCCUUCCUAUUCUUAAAAAAAUGCAUGUUAAGUUAGGUGAUACCAUCAAAGUGAUGUCAGGCCGUGAAAAAGGUAAAGUUGGUGAGGUUAUGAAAAUCUAUACGCAUAACAGUACAAUUAUUGUGAAGGACAUUAAUCUUAAGACCAAACAUAUGAAAGGCAAGCAAGAAGGCGAGGCAGGACAAAUUAUUGAGAUUGAGGGACCUAUCCACAGUUCAAAUGUAAUGCUGUACUCCAAGACACAGAAAAUGGCAAGUCGGGUGGGACAUAAAGUUCUAGAAGAUGGUAGGAAGGUCCGAUAUCUUCUUAAAACAGGGGAAAUACUUGACAGUCCUGAACAAUGGAAAAAGAUUUUUAAGGAGAAGGAUGACAAGAGUAAGACCACAGCUUAGCCAAAUCUCAAGUCAAUCAAUUCCAUUGUGGCAUACACUUUAGUUGUAAUUGUAACAUUACAUUUGUAGUAUGAAUAGCAUUUAUGGUCUUCACAAAAAUGGUUUUGAUCUUUGUGCUUUAUUAGCCAGUGGGAAACCAUUCUAGAAGUAGAUUCGAUUUGAGGGAGGUUGUAUUUUAUAGCCAUUGAACUGUUGCUUGGACUGUGCUAAUGGAAGUUCUAAUCUUUAGAUUUUCCUUGCAUCGUUGAUCUUGUUAGUGACAGUUAUUAUAAUUAAAGGAGUUGAAAUAUUUCGGUA